AUGCCACGUGAUGAGACGGAGGAGGAGGAAGUCAACGAUGAUGAUAUUAAGACAUUCAAAUUUCCCUAUCUGAAGAAUGCUUAUUUCGACUCUCACUUUGAUCUCACCGAUCCCCAUCAACUGGUAGGAAAAACUUUGCUCUGGGUGGCACGUGAUUCGCGUUCUUUCUCUGAACCGAUGAAGCAAUCUUUGAGACUUCUCGGAGCUGUUUUAUACAACAGGCUAGAUAUGGCGUCAACUUUAGCCUCUUCAUCUACUCAUGGUGGUGUAGCAGAUAUUAUUCGGCAACGGUUCACUCCGGCAGAAGGAGAGGAGCCUUCGGAGCAGCAAAAGGCGAUCCUUGGUAAACUGGAAGGUUGCAAUUCAGGCGAAGGCCCGAUCAGUUCACUCGUUCUGUCUACAUUAGAAGGCGUUCGUGCCGAAGAGAUUGCGAAAGAGCUCGCUGAGCUGGAGCAUCAUGCGGAACAGCUGAGCUUCUUUGAGAAUCGCCUAAAAUGGGAAAAACAAGCAGCUCAAAAUGCCGAGAUCAUCCAACAAACGGCUUCACAAGAAAAUGAAGUCAAGAAAUAA